GAAGGAACUGGGUUCUGUCGAGAAUAUCAAUAUACGUAGCAUGUGGAUUAAGAUGGUCGUACACUUCACGUUUAGAGAAUCGUAAUUGUCACGGAUAGUUUAUUACUGUAACCAGCCAUUGUCAAGCCAUGGGUCAGAAGCCCGGGAAGCACAGAGAGGGUGAGGAAGAUGGCCGAUCAUCACCACGGCGGUCCCCCAAACAUUCUAAGCGUGGGUCCAAGACGUCGCGGACUUCUAGCCGUGAGUCGACGCCUCCCAACAUAGAGGCUCUAGAACGGGAGCCGCGGGGAGGUCCACCGGUCCGGGAGAUUGUCAUAGAACCAAAGGAAACAUCUCCAUCACACACCGUGCCGGCAUCAGCUCCCAAAACUAAAUCACCAACAAAGGGCGAGAAGAUGAAGUCCAAAGAGAAGAAGCCUGCAAGAGGCGAAGAGCAGGAAGUGCGACAGGUGGAAGAAGGCCCGGUGACCCCGGUGAAGCAGGACACGUCGAAGGUUGAACCGCUGACGCCUCUGAUCAUCAAUGACAAGCCACAGGCCACGUCCACGCCAUCGGCGCCUAAUGGAGUCAUCAGCACCGGGGUGCAGAAUGGCAGUCCUCCACUGAGUCCUGACUCGGGAACUGACCACUCAGCGAGUGAAGAUGAAGACGAGUUCACUCCAAAUGACCAACAGUUUUCAUUUCGAAGUACAAGUCCCACUAGUUCACUCACGUCAGCAUCUACCAACAGUAGCGUCAUUAGACACCGGCAGAAUGGCUCCGGGUCAUUGGAACGGAAGCAUGAAGUGAACUUUGGCCGGUUCUACAAUCAGAGCUAUCUAUCGAACGGGUCCCAGAGCUACAUGAAGCGGGCCAGUCUGAAUCCCACGGAGAAGAGUGAAAAGUUGAAGCCGGGAUAUCAUCGACCUCCUGUACCUGGAGUUAAAAAAGCAAACUUUUCCUAUUCUAAGGAAACACCAGAUUUUCUGAAGGCCAAGAAAGGAAAGGGAAUGAUGGCUUUAGCCACGGGAAAGACUGUGAUUAAGAUCCGCCGGAGUGCCUCGCCUGCCGACUUGAAGAAUGACGAGGCAAUUAAACUGAGCAUGUUCCCCGCGGGCAAGCCUCCUGAGCCGAACGAGAUCGAGAAAAUAGAGCGAGAUGAUUGGCCUGGGCCUGCGUCACCAGCUGCCUUACUGCCAGAAAUCUUACGUGAGAGAAGACGAAGUCGUGGUGAGAAAGACGAAGACGAUGAUGAGGACGAUUCUGAGGUGGAAGACCCGAGGAUCCAGCGCGAGUUGGAGGAAAUCUCAAAGAUCAAGAACGAGUCGGGAAUUGGUUCCGUUAUCUACAAGGAACUUACAGAACGCAAGAUUUUGCCACACAAACCCUUGGACCCUUGGAAGGCCUCUCGAGCUCCUAAUGCCAAAUAUGAACCGCGGUAUAGGACCAGAUACCAGUCCCCCAUGUUUGCGUCACCAUCACGGUUCUUGGAUCGACCUAGGCGAUCAUGGGAUGACAGUGAUAUUCGAGGCUACAGAUCUCUGUCUACAUUGACCUGUGUACCAGCUCCAAAGCCUGGAUAUGGUCCUUCGUAUGGCAUGACUCCUCGGGCAGCCACUCUACCUCUUUCAGGCCUCUACGGCGCUAGAGAUGACUUCGGCUAUUACCAUUUUGAGGAAGGUGAAACUAGUGGCGAGGGCCAUCAAAGGUCAACACAUACGUCAUCUUCCACCGUCAAUACAGAUUCCAGCACCAGGCGAGAGGGUCGAGUGUGGGGUGUGACGGGAGCUGCAGGUUACGAGGGUCCAUCUAUAUCACUGUUAAAACUACAGAAGAGCACAUGGCACACAGAGGCUGAGCCACCAGUUUAUUCCUAUGAAAAAUUAAAGAUAACAAAUUUCGAUCUACCGAAGGAUGUAGACACAAAUCAUCUAGAGAUUCAUUUAGCAGAUACAGAAUUUAAUGACAUUUUGGGAAUGCCUAGAGAGAAAUUUUACCGCUUAGCAGAGUGGAAGCGAAAUGACUUGAAGAGAAAGCAUGAUCUGUACUAAACUCCGAUGUUAACAUACAGUUCGCCGAGACUAUUCAGACGUUGCUAGCCUACUGACUGGAGCCUGGUGUUUGUGGUCGCCUUUGUGUGUUGCUCUUCAUGUUUUGUGAUUCGCAUUCAUAGAGUGAAGCAGGAUCAGUGAAACGGUUACGUUGCUGGUUUGUACCAGUGCAUAGACUUAUAGUCACAGAGGCUUUACACACAAACACACAAACCAUCCAGUCUGGACUCCUGAGCUGUUAGAGGCCCAUCCUCCACUGUUCUAAGACUGAAAAAACAUCAACAGUGGAGAUUUUUUUUCCAUAACUAUGUCAUUUGGAUACAAAUGUUCUGUACAAAGUAAUAGACAAAUGCACUCACAUGGAAUGGACUUGAGAGGUCUUGAACCUAGCUCUAUGCCAUUCUCUGACUGUUCAUAUAAACAAAAAUGAAUGUGAAAUUUUAAUGUUAAUAAUAAUUUGUGGAUCCAGGAAUUGUAUACAAAUUAAUAGAGCACUACAGAUAGACUCAAAAUAUGGUCUAGCUUGGUAUGUGGUGUUCUUUGAUGAAACAUUCAAAUAUUUUACGAAAUCAGUAGUCUUUGGAUCUAUAAGUGACGUAAAAUUCAGCACACAGUUUCUCAGACUUUACAGAACUCACAAAAUAACCCAGGACUCCGUUGCAAAAGUAGUUCACUACUUGUUUCUGUACAGAUUGGCUAAAUAUAAGAAUGAAAAAUUGCAAUAGUUUUAUACAACUUUUGCAUGCAUGAAUGACUUGCCCAAAAUAGUCCAUAAAAUAGUUGCUCUAAAAGUGUCUGAAGGGAAAUCACGUCUAGUGUGAGCCCUGUAAUAAAGAAGUAGCGCUCCAGACCGGAAACCGAGUGUGACAUCAGCUUCCUUUCGUACGGUGCAGGUGUUCGAAUAAAGACGGAGUGUGAAAGAAGAUGAUAGUUUUUUACUUAUUUGAUUUUCAGCCUUUGUUGCAAGUCCACCCAAGUUGAUUUGAUGUUAAUUAUUUAUAUGGAUGUCAUAGGUGUUGAUCAUAGUCAUCUUUUCUUCUUUUUUUCUUUUUUUUUGUUCUGGUUGUGACAGAGACUUUGUUACGCUCAUUUAGUUGUUUAAAAGGCUUCUUUUUUUUGUCCGUCCAUCUAUCAUCAUUAAACAUAUAUAGUGAUAUUUAGGGGUUUUUUAAUUGUGGAUUGAAGUGAUGAGAGGCCAAGCGGGGAGUUGUUGUUUAAUAGCGCCCAAGUUGUGAAGUGUAAAAUGUCAUUGAUGCGGUGCAUAAUCUGGGGCAUGAGAUAAAACUAGCUGUUUUUUCUUGUUCACUUGUUGGUUUUUCUGUCAACAGAACACACUAGAACCAUUAUCAGAAAAUGUGUAUUUCAUUCUUUUUUUUUCAAUUAGAAAUUCAUAGCAAACUCAUCCUUUUUAAUGAUGUUUAAAAAAAAAAAAAAAAAACAUACUUCUCACCUAGUUUACAAAAUAAAUUCUGUCCCUUUCAUGCCAUGACAGAGUUUUCAUGAAAAAUUAUAAACAGAAAAAAAGACGCUAUUGUAGAUAAAAUAGAACGAAACAUUUUUGUUUUUAGAAAAUGAUUUUAUGUAAUGUUUAUGGACUUGUUUCCAGUGUACUGUGAUUCAUCGGUUUUAAUGCAGUAUACUAAUCACAAAGUGUAAUAAGGUUUAUUUAACUCAGAUUGUUUUAAUGCAGUAUACUGACAACAGUAUAACAAGUUUAACUAGUGUUUUCCAUGUGUACCUACAUGUAUAUAAAUGUAUGGCAUGCUCCUUACAUAUUCAGUUUAACCUGUUGUUCAUUUCAUUCCAGACCUUUUGACACAAGCAUGUCAAAAAUUGGUGCAAUACCUCAUUUCACUGUGCUUUCUGUAUUCAAAUUCUUACUUUUAUGAAGAAAGAUAUAAUUAAAUAUUAUAUUAUAAUGGUGGUGACAGUUUUAUUAGCCAUUAUAAAUUAAAAUGUAAAGAAUGAUAUGAACUUUCAAAGAAACAUAUAAAAAAAACACUAACUAGAAGGUUCUAAAACAACAGCUUAAAAUAUGGGAUUUGUGCAGUCUUCCAGGAUAGGAAGAAACAACAAAUCUAUAGCUAUGUAAAUUUUUAAUCUGUCUGAAUUCCAAACGAUUAAUGAACCGAACUUCAGACACUUGACUUGGGGAAAUGUUUAAUAUAUAGAGCAUUUUACAACUAGAAAUGUUUGGAAGUCCUGCUUGUAUAGACCCCCAAGUAGACCAUGUCUGUACAGCACUGAGGUGAAUUAACCAUGUUGCUUGAACUGCAGGGAUCAUGUGAACAGACAUCUCCCAAGAGAAAUAGGCAGUCGGGAUGCAUCAGAUUUUUAACAUUUACUGAAUAUUGUUUUCACAUACAAAAAAUAUAUGUGCAUCUGUCUACCUGUUGCAUCUUAUAAAUACAGACAUCCAACCGAUUCAUUUUUGUUUUGCAUAUAAAGGCAUAAUCUUUGUAUGGUGCUGUAGAUGAUACUGCGAGAAGAGUGUUGAGGAGGCAAGCCCAAAAUAGUUCAUAUUUACAUGUAUAAGCUGAAAAUUGUCCAUUAAGGCCAUAUUGGUGAUCUGCAAAUUACUAGCCUUUUAUGAACAGAUCUUAAUGGCUCAUAUAUGUGCAGCUUUCCGUAGCAGUCAUGUGGUUGGGGUUAUUUAAGGCUUCUUUUAAAACAGGUUUCAUUAGAAAUCAUUUAUCAAAAAUCUAAUUAUUAAAUUUAUCUGUUAUUUCUUGGUGCUGUUUGCGGUUAUGUUUUAGGUUGUAACCAGAAAGUCACAUAACAUUCUGCAGAGCCGUAUGCUUUUUGGAUAAUUUUUAAGCCCGUUAUCGUUACUAUACCUAUGACUAUAUAGUGAAUUUUUUACAGUGUUUGUCACCUUUUUUAAAGGUGAUAUCAAGUAUCUUCCUUGCUUUGCAGAUUUUGACGAAUACAAGUAUAUUCUCAAAAUAUGUAAACUGGCUAAUUAGGAUUAGUCUGACCUCACAUUGAUGUAGUAAUAGUGUACUAUGAAUGCUUGCUUUUUAACAGUUGUGUGAGACAUCCUUUCUGAUGAUCAUUUUGGAGCUGGCCAUUUCAACCAUUAAUCAGUGCCUAUUUGUAAGCAUACAUGUAUGUGUAAAUAGUGUAGUCUACUGUACAAACUUUGUGUAUUUAUACUCCUAUUUGAAACUACUUGCAUAUUUAGUUGUACAACUGGUGCGAGAGAAACUAUGUACAUUUUUAGCAUUGUUAAAGUGUUCCAUCGGUCUUGCAGGCAUUUCUUCAAAAUGUGUAUAUAUAUAUAUAUAUAUAUAUAUAUAUAUAUAUAUAUAUAUAUAUAUAUAUAUAUAUAUAUCUGUAUAUAUAUAUAUAUGUAUAUAUAUAUAUAUAUAUUGUAUCUGUAUAAUGUUCACCCAGGUGUUGAACAAGAUAUGCAGUUAUUGCAAAGGUUAUCAAGUCCAAUUUCUGACAUCAGUUUAUUUUGUUUUACAUUAGUCAGCUCUCCAGAGAUUCAAGCAUGCCUAUGUUGGAUACCCCUUCAGAGUUCCCCAUAGCUAUUUGCUGAAGACAGAAUUUGUUUUCUAGGCCCAGUGGUUGUUUAAUGUCAUCACAGCAGGAUUGGCAAGUUUUUUUAAUAAAUUGUGGUGGACUAGUCUAAAUUGAAUGCUAAUGGGUUGAAUAAGUUUGAACUCAAAUGUUAAUCUAGAUAUUAGAAAUAAAAACUGAUUUGAACAGAGUACAAUAUCAUUGCAAUGGGACAACAACAUUAAUCUAGAUUUUAAAAAUAGAAGCUGGUUGGGACAGAAUACAAUGUAGAUGAAAUCGCAUUGUGUAGCUGGUUGUGCCUUUUUUAUUUUAUUUUUUAGUUCUACUCUACUUGUAUGGUUGUGUUACCACUAUUGCUUUGGCACUUUAUUUUUCUUUUUGAAGUAUUGCAAAUACAUGUAUUACAGAUUUAUUAAGCUAUUAUAUCACUUAAUUUUUAAUUGAAAAUUCAAAAAACUAUACUAUUUAUCUAUAAACAUCCACGUGCAGAUUUUCGUAAAAAUUCAAGAAUUCCAAUUCACAUUUGAUUUUGAUAUCUGUAUUUUAUGUCUGCUUACACAUGUAUUCUAAAACGUGGCUACGUUAAAUUAUAUUGUAUAUUCUGUAUAUGGUGCGUAGAAGGGGAAGAAAGGUUUUGGUAAGGAUUUAAGGAACAUAGAUAUAGCAAAAGAUUAACACUUGAGAAUGGUCCCACCAAAAAUUGUGUGGUCUUAUCUUUUAACAUAAGUUUGUUUUACUCAACAAUUACUACUAGAUGAGUACCAUAGUUGGGAAGUUUUUCUCCUAGUCACGUAAAAGCACUUGAGAAUGGAAACUAGAUAUUAGAAGUAACACUGUAUCAUACAUUUUAGAACUUUUUUUUUUUUUUUUUUUACAUUUUAUUUUUGAAAUAACAUACAAGAAAUAUAUAACAUCAAACAUUUUUUCCAUUGAUGGACCAUUAUUUUUGGAUAUGCCCAUGUGGAAUACGUACAUGUACUAUACCGGUAUAUACAUGUAUAUUAAGAUAAAUUGUGAUAUGUAAUUUUGUAUGAAUGUCACAAGAUGACAAUGUGUGCAAUAAUGUUAUUAGUUUCUCUAAAUGGUUCUGUUAGAUUUGGAUAAAUGAUCGUUUUAGUAUUGCUUACAUUAGUUUUUACCAAGUACUGCUAUGUUUUUGAAAUUCAGGUUUUCCUAUUUUUAGAGAUCUCAAGAACAUUUUAUGUUUGCUUUUAGUCUGAAGUAACUAGUCCUGGCUUUCAACCAAAAACUGCAUUCAAUGCUUUAGCUAUCGCUUGUUUUUAUAGGGGUUUUUUUUCCUUAGAUCUGUAUUAUUUAUUGCAAACAUAUCUUAAUAUUUUUAUUACAUUGUGCAUGAUUUUGUGAAGCCAUCAAAAAUGGUAUGCUGCAGUUUGUUUUUACUAGGAUAAAUUGUUAAUGUUUAUGAUUUACCACCCAUUUACAUGUAUGUAUGUAUGCGAGUCUUUUGAUAUAUGUACAUUAUUUAAUUCUGUAUUUCCAUGUUGCAUUUUAAAGUUUCUAAAGCUACAGGUGCUUAUGUUCUUUUUCUGUAUGAAACAGAUUGGACUAAGUUAUGUACUAUAAUAACAAAGAAGUGACCGAAGAAUUUUACACCAUUUUUGUUUAUUCAUCAAGUCCAAAAAAUGAAUAAAUUUUCUUUUGUAUGUAAUGUCUAACAGUUGUGUUGGUUUCGCCAUCAGUUUGACUUAAUAACAUAUAAAACUUGGGGUACAAAAUAUGAAAGCAAAUUUUAAUGUUAAUUAUCGUGUCAAAAGUCGGCACUCCAUAAAAUCACAAGUGAAAAUAUAAUUUUAAAAAUAACAUUUAUGUCACUUCUUUGUUAAACUGAACCACACAAGACAAUAGUAUCCAGAUUUAAAUCUUAUACAAGAAAACAAUACUAUUCAGAUUUCGAUCUUUUCAGUUGUUUACAAAAGUUGGUUCUUAAUUAGGAAAGAUGAUACUUUCUAGACGAAUAGCACAAUCUUGCUGAAUGUUUCCAGUAGGCUUAUUUAUAUAUAACUGUACAGAUGUAUGCCUGUUGCUGCUGAACUGUCUCAUAUUGUAGCCAUUUUGUCAAAGUUUGGUACAUGCACUUGUGUGUGUAUUCAAGCAGACCACUGUUAGUUAAAUGUUUGACAAUGUACAUGGGAAAACUUUAAGAUUUUGCAGCAAUUCUCAAGUUUCUUGAUGUAAAUUCUGAAAAUAUUAAAUGCACCAACCUGAUAAUUUGCAAUCUGCUAGGGUUAUUAAAAACACAUUAAGACUAAGAUUACAGGCCUUUGAAGCAAGAGAACAAUGUUUCUUAACGUUUUCUGUGAAUAAGAUUUGAUUCUCAUUUAUGAUAUCAGAUGCUUUCAAAUUGUUUCUGUAUGCUUUUGGAAUUAACUGCUUGUAAUGCAGUCUGUUGCUUAAAAAGUACAUCGUUAAUAAUGCUCAGUUUCUCACAAUAUUUCGCUAAACACAAUUUCGUUGAGAUCAUUGAAGCAUAUUACUUUGCAAUCAUGAAUUCAACAAAAAAAACCCACACCAAACCAAGGUCUAAGAUAUUAUUAAACAUAUUCAGUAUUUAGUGUAUGUUUGCUUAUAUCACAUGCUCAGAUUUGUUUUCAAAUAAUUUGCACAAAUUAAGAAUAGUACCGGGUAUACUACUACUAAUAGUCAAAUGCACGGGGUUUAUUUCUGCAAAAGAACAUUUCUUCGGCUUCGAAAAGAAAUUCUCUUGAACAUUAUUUUGUCAUUUAAGAGGAGGCAUGUGCAUUUAAAUGCCAACAAGAAUCCAGUUACAUUAAUAAAAUUAUUAAAUCAAUGUGAUUUUAUCAUGUUACAUCUUUUACAGUUUUCAUACUAUUUGUACUAGUUUUUAAAGUGAUUGUUUUUCUCCACAAAUGUAUUUGUUAAGCAUGCAACUUACAGUUGUCUGCCUGGAUCUGUUGUGAAAGACCAGCUUUAUAUGCAAACAAUAAAACAUUGAAUCCUC